AUUGACAUUUUCUCCACCAUCUCGGUCAGUCGUCGCGUAGUCUUGUGAUCAGUUUUGGGAAAACUUGUGGAAAUUCGCAAAAACUUGGUGCAUUUUCAUCUCCCGGGCAGUAAAAGCUACUCUCCGAUUCGCCAAGAUGCCAAUCUGCGGACCAAAACUGUCGCUCUGCGGCCUGAUCGUUUCCGUCUGGGGUAUUAUCCAGCUGCUCUUGAUGGGAGUCUUCUACUACAUCCACAGUGUGGCUCUGAUUGAGGAUCUUCCGUUGGAAGAGCAUUAUAGCACUCCGCAGGAGUUCUACGCGGCAGCUGAUCGAGCCUACAGUCAGAACGCCUAUAACUGUUGGAUUGCGGCAUGUAUCUAUGUGCUCACUUUGGUAUUCUCCGGUCAGCAGUUCUACGCCAAUAGUCGCUCAACUGUUGCUUAAAUCAACGGCAAUGGCCCAAUCAGUCAAACCACCUUAUUAAUUACAUCCAGAAUUGUAAAUAUUUUCUUACCACAAGUAAUUAAAAUGUUUUUCUCAUAAAAACCACUAUUCAAAGCGCAAAUGGGAGCCACAUUCCUUCUGUUUUACCUUAUUUGUGGAGGUUUUGUUUUGCUUUGAAUAAAUCCAGUAUGGUUUUUGCUUUUAUUAUGUUAUUGUAACUGCGAAAGACGUCAUGUAGAUUACGCAAUAAAGGGCAAAUAUAUGAAGAUUCGUUUAGUUUA